GACGUGUCGGCUGACUCGAGGCGGCAAACGCCAUACGGCGGCGUCUGUAUAGUGAACCAAUCCUUACACAGCUACAGGAUAAAGUAUCGUGGUUCGAAUAGUGAUUAGGACCUACCCAGAACAAUAGUUGUGACAUUAAAUCAUAAAGAAUACAAUAGACACGAGAUUCCGGUCAGUGACGAUGGAAGUGAAGAAUUAAAGGCCGAUGAAAAUUUGGAAACAAUGAUACGCGAGUGAUUAUUCAAUAGUGAUUCGUUUUCAAGACCUUGUGAUGUUAAAUCGCCCAUAAAAUUACGUUUGGUCAUAGUUCAUUAUUUCGCGCAGGUGAAUCUAAUAGUGGCAAUGAUCCAAAAGUAAUCAAGGAGAUACAAAAUGGAGAUGCUGGACUUGAAUAACUUUUCUGUUUGAAGAUGACAAUUGUCUUGAAAUUUCAAACGACAAAUCAACUAAGUUGUUAGAUGGUGAAGUAAUUGUCUUUGUAGAAGUUGGAAUUGUUAAUAAUGACAAUGUUGGCAGUGAAGAAUUUCUUUAUGCCAGAGAAGAGGGUGGAUUCCCCGAGGUUCUCAAGAAUGCCGGAGGCUUUAAUGAGAUCGAUUCGGAGGAGGUCUUUAAGGGUGAAGAGAACGAAAUCGCUCGUGCUCGUCAACGAGAAACGGAAGUCCGAUUCAUUCGUCAACAGUCAAGAAUGGACGGCGGCGAGAGGAGUGACAGAAUUGAGAGUUGGUGUCCUGGGAUCUCCAGACAGCGGGAAAUCUGCUUUAGUUCACCGAUAUUUGACUGGGGCAUAUAUGCAGGAGGAAAGUCCUGAAGGUGGUCGCUUCAAAAAAGAAGUAAUCAUAGACGGACACAGCUAUCUCCUGCUUAUCAGGGACGAGGGUGGUCCACCAGAGAUGCAGUUUACUGCCUGGGUCGAUGCCGUAAUCUUCGUGUUCGGUCUUGACAACGAAAUCAGUUACAAUACAGUUUCAAAUUACUUCAACAAGAUGUCUCAUUAUAGGAAUUCUGCUGAAAUUCCAAUCAUAUUAGUCGGAACUCAAGAUGCCAUAAGUGAAAGUAGUCCACGCGUUGUCGACGACAACCGCGCUCGCAAGUUGUCGAACGAACUGCGAAGAUGUUCCUAUUACGAGACAUGCGCUACGUACGGCUUGAACGUGGAGCGAGUGUUUCAAGAUGCGUGCCAGAAGAUCGUCGGAACAAGGUUGUCAGCGUCGUCUCAAUGUUUAUCUGGCUCUAGGCCGGUCACUCCUCAGCCCCUGGCCAAUUCUCCAAGCCACAAUCAUUCUUCAUUUCUUUACAAGGACUCGCUACCACGCGGCCACCACACGCUCUCAGCGUCAUCCCACCACCUACAUCGAGGAGCGCAAUCCUUCGAUGCCUCAUCAAACAGCAGCGGCAUAUCAUCCACGCAUGUCGUCGAGAUUCACAGCACAAACGGUUCUGAUACCUCAUCCCGAUGGGGCAACUCGCUCGGCAGUCACGGCUCCUCAUCAGGCCUAGUUUCCAUAGCAACGGAGAAUAACAACGUGAAGUUCACCGCGCCGCACUGUUUGGACAAUCUCCAACCGAUCAAGGAUCCCAAAGAUCUGCCCACGCCUUCCUCAACGCCUACCACAUCGAGGAAGUCCAGGAGAAGAUCGAAUCUCUUCACGCCAUCCAAGAAGGGGGAUGAUAGACUGAAGAACGGAGAGCUGGGCUCCGGCCGCGCUAUACCAUUGAAGCAGGGAUAUUUGUAUAAGAAGAGUAGUAAAGCUUUAAAUAAAGAGUGGAAGAAGAAAUACGUAACUCUUUGCGAUGAUGGAAGGCUGACAUAUCAUCCUAGUUUGCAUGAUUACAUGGAAGAUGUUAACGGUAAGGAGAUAUCGCUGCAGUAUGUCACCGUGAAGGUCCCGGGACAGAAGCCCAGAGGAUCCAAAUCUAUCAUUACCACUGUCCCAGGGUACAACGGCUAUAGCAGCCUGGACAUACAUGACAGCAUCGGAGGAUUGUCUCUCGGGUACAAAGAUAAACCAACGAGGGUGACCGACAAAGCUUUGAUGUCGGCGUUCGACGCAAUGAAAGAGCCAGCCUCUAGUCGACAGUCGCUAGCUUCGGAGGUCGAAGUGGGCUCCACCAACGGAGCGGAUAAAGAUACGCCUCACGUGAAGAAGAGGCAUCGAAGAAUGAAGAGCAGUGGUGUUAAGAAAGAUGGGGAAGAAGACGGCGAUGCGGCGACGUCGUGCGAGUUCACGAUCGUGAGCCUGGACGGCAAGCGGUGGCGCUGGGAGGUGGGCGCGGGCGCGGGGGCGGGCGCGGGCGGCGCGGGCGGCGCGGGGGGCGCGGCCAGCGGCGCCGCGGCCGCCGAGCGGGACGCCUGGGUGGCCGCCGUCGAGGCGCAGAUCCUCGCCUCGCUGCAGGGACGAACGUCACGGCAGCCCGCGCCGACGGGUGCGAACUCGACGGGCGACGUGCGCGCCCCGCAGUACGUGCGCCGCGUGGCCGGGAAUCGCGCCUGCUGCGACUGCGGUGCUGCAGAUCCGGACUGGGCGAGUUUGAACUUAGGUGUGCUGAUAUGCAUCGAGUGUUCGGGUAUACACAGGAAUCUUGGAUCGCACAUAUCGCGUGUACGCUCUCUCGACUUAGAUGAGUGGCCAUUGAGCCACGUCAGCGUAAUGGUGUCUAUGGGCAACACUCUCGCUAAUUCAAUAUGGGAGGCAGAUUUAAGGGGCCAUAUUAAACCAAUUGCGUCUUCGAGCAGGGAAGAGAAGGAACGGUGGAUCCGGCUGAAGUACGAGCGGCGCGCGUUCCUGAGCGCGAGCGGCGCGGGCGCGGGCGCGGGCGGGGACGCGCUGCGGGGGGCGGCCGCGCGCGGCGCCGUGUGCGUGCUCGCGCGCGCCCUCGCCGCCCCGCCGCCGCGCGCGCCCGCCGCACACGACCGCGCCGCCGCGCUGCGGGCCGCCGCCGCCGCCGGACACCUCGCCGCCGCGCAGCUGCUCAUAUGGCAUAACGGCAAUCCGAACUUCCCAGAUGCGGACGGCCACACCUGCGUGUUCUACGCGCGAGCGGCCGCCAAUCACCUGUCAGGUAUCCCCACACAAUACCCCAAGAACCUCCAACUCACCUGCCCUCUUCACCCCAACCCCCCCGCGACGUCCACGACCAGCUCCAGCACCAGUUCAACGACCUCCACGUCGAGCAACAAGAGCUCCAUAAAGACUCCAGAACCUGAGUGCAAUUGCAUAAUAUUCGAGUUGUUAAACGCUCAAAGUGCGUCGAACGCACUAGUGGAGUUACUUAUAGGACUGCAAAAUAACCAAUACAUGAAUGGUUAUGAUGGUUUAAACGGCGGUUUAACAAAUUCGUUCAACCACGUGACGUUGGGACGGCCGUCGCUCGGCCCAAAUCUAUCGCUCACGAACGGCAAGUGCGGUAGCAUUGUUUAAAUUUAUAGCUGUCUUGAAUUCGAUUCGGAAUUUAAUCAACUUUGAUGUUUAACUCGAAGGAAUAAGAAUCUAAAUGCUGUAGCUAAUAUACGUAAUGUUUCGAACCUUGAUAUGUUUUGUUUUUAAACCUAUAAAUGCCAAGUUAUUAUAACUUUUAAUAGUUUGCGAUUUUUAUCCUUAUGUCAA